AUGGUCGAGGUCAUUUGCCAGACCGAUAUCAUCAAGUACAUGCUCACCCGACCAAUCUCAAGGGGCCUGGUUGGGAAAUGGGCGUUGGCAUUGGUAGAAUUUACCCUUCAGUACAUCCCUCAAAAGGCCAUUAAAGGUCAGGCUCUGGCUGACUUCCUCGCCGAUCACCCACCUAUCCAAACCAAUAGGAGCAAGGGACAAGAAGAAGCAGGGAAAGUUGCGCACAUUGGCGUGACACCAUGGGUUUUGUCAUUUGACAGAUCUAAAACUAGCCAUUUGGCAGGGGUUGGGAUAGCAAAUCGGUCUCUGCAGGGGGUGGAGACCCAACUAUUGGUGCAUUUGGGUUUCGCGUGCUCAAAUAACCAGGCCGAAUAUGAGGCCCUCAUUAUUGGAAUGAAGAUCCUCCUCAAUAUGGGGACGAGAACGGUUGAAGUAAGCGGGAACUCUCAACUUGUGAUUAAACAAGUAAUAGGAGAAUACCGUUGUGAGAGUGAGCACUUAGUCCGUCACCACAUGAUGGUAAGCGGCUUGGUUAUCCAGUUUGAUGAUGUGUCCCUAAAGCAUGUCCCUCGUUUGAGGAACCAGACGACCAAUGUCCUAGCCCAGAUAGCAUCAGGCUUGCGCCCUAAGGAGGACUACCUGGAAAAAACCAUCGUAAUACGGAAGCAGUUGGUCUCAUCGAUCCUGGACCUGGACCCUGUGGAAGUAAAUCAAGUGGAGGACACCCAGCCUGACUGGAGAACCCCAGUAAUCUAG